AGCAUGGCGGACAAGAACAGCACAUUGAAAUGCACUUUCUCUGCUCCAGGCCACAGCGUUACCCUCCUGCACGGCCUGGCGUCUCUACGAGCUCAGGCCCAGUUGCUGGAUGUCAUCCUCACCAUCAACAAUGAGGUCUUUCAGGUGCACAAAGUUGUUUUGGCGGCCUGCAGUGACUACUUCAGAGCCAUGUUCACUGGCGGGAUGAGAGAAAGCAAUCAAGAUGUGAUUGAGUUGAAAGGUGUCUCUGCCAAAGGCUUGAAGCACAUCAUAGAGUUUGCAUAUAGUGCCGAAGUCACCCUUGAUCUUGACUGCAUCCAGGAUGUGCUUGGAGCAGCAGUCUUCCUGCAGAUGGUACCAGUGGUGGAGCUGUGUGAGGAGUUCUUGAAAUCUGCCAUGAGUGUUGAGACUUGCCUUAACAUUGGGCAAAUGGCUACCACAUUCAGCCUUGCCUCCUUGAAGGAGUCAGUCGAUGCCUUCACCUUCCGGCAUUUCCUUCAGAUUUCCGAGGAAGAAGACUUUCUGCACCUUCCUUUGGAGCGACUUGUGUUCUUCCUUCAAAGCAACAAGCUCAAGAGCUGCAGUGAGAUUGACCUUUUCCGGGCCGCCAUCCGAUGGCUGCAGUAUGACCCAACGCGUUGCAGCAAUGCCAGCCAGGUCCUCUGCCACAUUCGCUUCCCGCUCAUGAAAUCUUCGGAACUGGUGGACAGCGUCCAAACCUUUGACAUCAUGGUGGAGGAUGUGUUAUGCCGGCAGUACCUCUUAGAAGCUUUCAACUAUCAAAUAUUGCCUUUUCGGCAGCAUGAGAUGCAGUCUCCCCGAACUGCAAUUCGCUCAGAUGUCCUUUCUCUCAUAGCUUUUGGUGGCACUCCAUACACGGACAAUGAUAGGACUGUAAGUGGCAAAGUCUACUACUUGCUCGAUAGCAGCACGCGCCAAUUCAAGGAGCUGACAGAGAUGGAGGUGGGGACUAGCCACACGUGUGUGGCUGUCCUGGAUAACUUUGUUUAUGUGGUUGGGGGACAACAUCUGCAGUACCGCAGCGGUGAGGGAGCACUUGACGUCUGCUACCGGUAUGAUCCACAUUUGAACCAGUGGCUGCGCAUUCAGGCUAUGCAAGAGAGCAGGAUCCUGUUUCAGCUGAAUGUGUUGUGUGGCAUGGUCUAUGCCACAGGGGGCAGGAACAGAUCUGGUAGCUUGGCAUCUGUGGAAAAAUAUUGCCCCAGAACCAAUGAAUGGAGCUAUGUUUGCCCCCUCAAGCGCAGGACGUGGGGUCAUGCUGGGGCCACAGUGGGAGGCAAGCUGUAUAUAUCAGGAGGGUAUGGAAUAUCAGUAGAAGACAAAAAAGCUUUGCAUUGCUAUGAUUCUGCCCUGGAUCAGUGGGAGUUCAAAGCUCCCAUGAAUGAACCACGGGUCUUGCAUGCAAUGGUCAGUGCCAAUAAUAAGAUAUAUGCCCUCGGGGGCCGCAUGGACCAUGUCGAUCGUUGCUUUGAUGUCUUGGCAGUGGAGUAUUAUGUACCAGAAGCCAACCAGUGGACAAUGGUAAGUCCAAUGCGGGUAGGACAGUCUGAGGCUGGCUGUUGCUUGCUAGAGAAGAAGAUCUACGUUGUAGGGGGAUACAACUGGCACCUGAACAACGUUACCAGCAUUGUACAGGUGUAUAACACUGAGACGGAUGAAUGGGAGAGAGACCUCCAUUUCCCAGAAUCGUUUGCUGGGAUUGCUUGCGCACCGGUGAUUCUACCACAGCCUACAGCCUGGAGGUGACCAUUGAAAACCACCCAGUCUUCUGAACCAUCAUGUGCAUGCUCUUGCCUGGCUUGUUUUGCAAAAUCAAGUUGUGCAUUCAUGGCAGGCAAGUGAGCUCUUCUGCCUACACUCUCUUGGUUUCUUUGUGUUCCAGCAGCACUUUUCUACCCUGUUGGGACUGGGAGUAUGAUAUGGAAGACUGUCCUGAGUAGGGGAUCUUCUCAAGAAGGGGUGGUGUUACACACCCUGGUUUUUCUUCCUUAACGAUAUCACAUCUGCAGAUGUUUAAUAAGCUUUUUUUUUUUUCAUUUAUAAAUUACUGAGGGAUUCACUAUAUCUCAAAGUGUCAUUAAAUGGAAGUGUGUUGUAUCUGGACAAUUUGAAAAAAGUCAAGAAAACUAAGAUCAUCCUGAACUUUCCAAAAGCAAUAAGAAGAGCAAUUGGGUGAAGGAGAAGAGGACUCUAGAGGUGAACAAUAUAUGAUCUCAUACAGGACUACGUUUAAUUUUCUGAAAAGCAGUUUUGAACACAUGUACAGAACAUGCCUGUUGUUGAAAACUUGAUAAGACACAUUCUCCUACGCAGAGAUUUAGGAAAGUGCCAAGAAGACUCCAUAGAAGUUUGGAAUCUAUGGAGUGGAGAACAAAACAGAAUUAUUAGCACAGCCGUGUAUGCUUCAGCUGCAGUCUGGAACAGGAAACGAGGACUUUGCAUUAAAUACAUAAAAGCAGUGAAUUGCAGCUUUUCAGAAGAGGCUUGAAUAUGUGCUUAGAAGUUCACAUCUUGCUGAUCAGGUUUGUUUUUGUGUUACGGAACAUGAACUUUGGAGCAUUUUCCAAGUGUGGAAUUAAAACAUACUUUCAUAUGUCAACGUUCCAGAU